AUGCAACCAGUAGCGCACUUGGUCAAGGUAUCUUUACCCAAUUAUCUUACAAAUCUACCAGUUCCAGACUCGUUUGGAGGAUGGUUUAGGUUAGGAUUUAGAGAUUGGUUGGCCUUAGUUCCUCCCACAGCCGCCUUGGCUGGAUUUACGUAUGUUACGUAUAGAGCUUUCUGCCCCCACGGCCGUCCCCAGCCGUCCGGAACCGUCAACCAAAAGAUCCUGAAGGACAACCCAAAAGUGGUAGAUACGAUUGAUAUUGAAGACAUUUCAGAGAAGGCUGUGUUUUGUCGGUGCUGGAAAACUAAGAAUUGGCCCUACUGUGACGGCUCUCAUGGUGCUCAUAACAAAGAAACGGGAGACAACGUGGGUCCUUUGGUGGUAAAGAAGAAAUGAGUGUGUAGCAGCUCGUAGACCCCAUUUAGUUUUGUGCCUUGGCACUAUUUAUUUCUAACAAUUUUUAUUUUUCCAGUUUAGUAAAUUUGUCAAAUUGUUGUUAAUAUACACUGUUAAUGGGAA